AGCUGUGGUUUCUAUGGGGAUGGUGGGAAAGGAAAGGGGCUGAUACGUGUCUGGAUGAUGGCUUGGGGGGUUUGGGAUGCCCACCCAUGGGAUGGAGCCUUUUUAAUUAGGAUGGGCACUCGUGCUGUGCUUGCUGCUGAUGCCGCAGAGCUGCUGUGGGUCCGGGGUGGGUUGGGGUCCCUGGUUGAGCCCUUUGCACGCUCACUUUGCGGCGCUGCAAACAGGAAACGUGCGCGUACCGGCAGUUGAGUGCAACCCCAAAGCGGAAGGCUGCCUUGAGUAAGAGAGAGAAUGACGGUGUGGGGCCGGGAGGUGUGCAGCAACGAUGCCCUCCGUGUGGGGCUGACGUCCCCCCAGCCCCGGGGAGCCCCACGGUGCAGCCAGGCAGCAGCACCCCAAAACUGAGGGCACGCAGAGGAGGAGCCCACCGUGAGCCAUGGCCGAGCAGCGCGCGGGCACCAGGGGUCGGCGCAUGGGCUCCAGCCGGCGGCGGCAGCUCCGCAAGGACCUGGGGGAGGAGCCGCCGUGGGCAGCAGCUGUGAUGCAGAGGGUCCAGGACAUCAUCCAGGAGCAGCACGGGGACACGGAGGGGUUCAUCACUCGUGCAGACAUGCAGAAGCUGCAGGAGGUGGUUGUCCCGUGCAGCACGGAGGAGCUGGAGCUGCUCUUUGAUGGGAUGGAUGCUGCGGGCACCGGGCAGCUGAGCGCCGAGGAGUUCACCGCUGGGCUCCGGCAGUUCCUGAGCUCCCAAAAAGCCAGCAAGGAGCAUCGGCGGCGGAAAGCAGCGUCACGGAGGAGCUGCUUGGUCCUCGCCAGCCCCACGUGGGAGGAGAUGGACAGCGAGGAGAGGAAACACUUUGCAGCCUUCAUGGAGCAGCUGGGAGUGGAUGACCGAUGGGAAGAGCACGAGAUCUGGCAGCUCUGGGCCAAGCUGCGGAACGAUGAGCCCCAGCUCCUGGGCAACCUGGAGGCCUUCCUGGCCAAGAUGAGGCACCGCAUCCAAGAAGCCCGGAGUAAGAAGGAGGCCUUGGAGGAGGCCCUCAACAAGCGCGUGGCCGAGCACAACCGGGAGGUGCAGCAGCUCUGCGAGGCCCUGGAGCAGCAGAUCCAAGAGGAGCGGCAGCGGAUGGAGCAGGAGAGCACGGCCCGGAGCCGCCUGCACUGUGCAAUGCUGCAGCGAGCGCUGGAUGCCAGAGAGAAGGAGCUGCAGCGCUUGGUUGCGGUGCAGGAGGAGCUGGAGGCACGGUGCCGCAGCGUCCUCAGCACGCAGCGAGCAGCCAGCGCCGAGAACAGGCAGCUGGAGGAGAGCAACCGGGCGCUGGAGGAGCAGCUGCAGCACAUCCAUGCACAGCUGCAGCAGACCCACGAGUGCCUGCGGGCUGCCAUGGCUCGGCAGCGGGCGGAGGAACCGCGGGAUGGAGCGGAGGCAGAGCUGCCCGGUGAGAUGCUGCCAUCCCCACAGAUGAGCCGGGAGCAGCACCGCUCGGAGAUGCACAUCAGGCCGAGCUCCGAGGGCAGCGAGCCCAAGCGCAGGAGCACCCACCACGUGGUUUGGGAGAAGCCACCAGCAGACACAAGCACGACACGGCUGCUCUCUGUAGAAGAGGACCCCUUCCCCGAAUUUCUGAAAGAGGAACGGUUUUCUGGCCAAGGCUCUUUGCUAAGAGAGAUGAGUGAUGCAAUAGCAGCUCUGAGCACGCAGAAGCUGCAAGCACCGGGAGACGCUGCCCAGCGCCCGCAGGAUGAUGCUGAGCCCCAUGCAGGACCGCGUGGCUCAGCCCCACGAGAGACCCACAUCAGUCACAAGGUGUUGGAAGAAGACCCGAGAGAGGGACGAGCUGCAGCUGAGCUUCGUGCUGGGGACGGGACACAGGCUGGUGCGUCUGCAGGAGCUGUGCACCGCAGGGCUCAGGAGCAGGGGGCAGCCGAGGGAGACAGCGCAGAGAGAGCAGGGCAGAGCCCAGAGCAGGUGCUAAAGGUGUUGUCUGUGCAGGGAAAGGGUGCUGGUGGGGAGCAGGAGGUGCUAAAAGAGGUUGAGAGCCCACAGGAGGCACCGGGAGAGAGCACCGAGAUGGGCGAGCAGGCGUGGGUGGGGGUGGAGGGAGCAGGAUGGGUGCAAGGAAGGAUGAAGUGGGAAAAGGUGCAGCUCCCAGGAGAAGGAGAAAAUGUGGAGGCAGUCCUCAAAGCUCAGGAGGUGGAGCUCCCAGUGGGCUGCUCUGCCACUGAGGUUCUUCAGGUGCUGGGGGAGCACCUGGAACCUGAGGUGCCAGGAUGGGGUGAGGUGCAAAUGGCAGCAGUGCAGGGGGUGACAGAAGCUCCCAACCCUGCAAAAGUGGAUGGAGAGGGUAGAGGUGCAGUGGGGCACUCCUGGGGAGAGACCAAAGGGACUGAGCUGCAGCCCCUGAGUGCGGCUGGUGACCUGGGCACGGAGCAGGCAGAGAGCGUGGAGCCAGAUGUGCAGCUGGUGGAGGAAGUUAAUAGAGCAGAGCCAGAGCUGGAGGAGGGAGCUGAGGCUGCUGCAGUGCUUGGUGAGGAGCUUUCUCCUGUGGAAAUCCCUGCAGGGAGCCCAGUUCCAGGUAGUCUGGUUCUGGUUAGUGCUCAGGCAAUUGAAAUGGAGGAGGCAGAGGACUCUCCAGCAGAGACCCUGCUGCAUGGGGGUCCCAGCCUGGAAGCCCCGAGGGAUGGGGGGGACCACACAGCCAUGCAUCUUGGGGAGGAUGCUGAGGAUGGGGAACAGCUGCUUGCAGAGCUGGGGGAGAUCAGAGAGAGCCUGGAGGCAGAGCUGCAGCCCCUGAGUGCGGCUGGUGACCUGGGUACUGAGCAAGCAGAGAGCAUGGAGGCAGAUGUGCAGCUGCUGGGUGAGGUUGGUAAACCAGAGUUUGUAGAAAUGGAGGGGGCAGAGAACUCCCAGGUGCACAUGCAGCUGCAAUGGGGUCCCAGUCAAGAAGUGCUAUGGGGAGAGGGAGGCCAUACAGCUGUGCAGCUCACACAGGAGGCUGAGGAUGAGGGCCAAGACAUACAGCACCUGAAAGAAGAGAGGGAGAUGGAAGUGGUGCAGGAAGAGGGCACUGAUCAGGAUGAGCUGGUCCUGGUGAGUGCUCAGGCACUGGAAAAGGAGGAGGGAGAGGACUCUCUAGUUCAGACCCUGCUGCAUGGGGGUCCCAGCUCAGAAGCCCCGAGGGAUGGAUUGGAUGACACAGCCAUGCAUCUUGGGGAGGAUGCUGAGGAUGGGGAACAGCUGCUUGCAGAGCUGGGGGAGAUCAGAGAGAGCCUGGAGGCAGAGCUGCAACCCCUGAGUGCGGCUGGUGACCUGGGUACAGAGCAGGCAGAGAGUGUGGAGCCAGAUGUGCAGCUGCUGGAGGAAGCUGACAGAGCAGAGCCAGAGCUGGAGGAGGGAGCUGGGGCUUCUGAGGUGCUUGAUGAGGAGCUUUCUCCUGUGGAAAUCCCUGCAAGGAGCCCAGUUCCAGGUAUGUGGGUACUGGAAUUUAGUGCUCAGGCAAUUGAAAUGGAGGAGGGAGAGGACUCUCCAGUUGAGAUCCUGCUGCAUGGGGGUCCUAGCUUGGAAGCCCUGAGGGAUGGAUUAGAUGACACAGCCAUGCAUCUUGGGGAGGAUGCUGAGGAUGGGGAACAGCUGCUUGCAGAGCUGGGGGAGAUCAGAGAGAGCCUGGAGACAGAGCUGCAGCCUCUGAGUGCAGCUGGUGACCUGGGUACAGAGCAGGCAGAGAGCGUGGGGCCAGAUGUGCAGCUGCUGGAGGAAGCUGAUAGAGCAGAGCCAGAGCUGGAGGAGGGAGCUGGGGCUGCUGUGGUGCUUGAUGAGGAGCUUUCUCCUGUGGAAAUCCCUGCAAGGAGCCCAGUUCCAGGUAUGUGGGUACUGGAAUUUAGUGCUCAGGCAAUUGAAAUGGAGGAGGGAGAGGACUCUCCAGCUGAGAUCCUGCUGCAUGGGGGUCCCAGCUCAGAAGCCCUGAGGGAUGGAUUAGAUGACACAGCCACGCAUCUUGGGGAGGAUGCUGAGGACAGGGGACAGCUGCUUGCAGAGCUGGGGGAGAUCAAAGAGAGCCUGGAGGCAGAGCUGCAGCCCCGGAGUGCGGCUGGUGAACUGGGUACUGAGCAAGCAGAAAGUGUGGGGGCUGAUGUGCAGCUGGUGGAGGAAGCUGAUAGAGCAGAGCCAGAGCCAGAGGAGGGAGCUGGGGCUGCUGUGGUGCUUGGUGAGGGGCUUUCCCCUGUGGAAAUCACUGCAGGGAGCCCUGCUCCAGGUGGGCUGGUACUGGUUAGUGCUCAGGAGCUGGAAAGGAAGGAGGCAGAGUCACUUGUGCAGCUGGAGGAGCUCACGUUAUCCCAUGGAGAUAGCACUGGGGCUGACGGGAAACCCCUGGGUGCAGCGGGGCUGUGGGAAGGGGCAGAGAGCCCAGCUGUGGCUCUAGAAGCAUCUCCAUGCAUGGCUCACAACACAGAUGUGUGGGAUGGGGAUGCUGAGGCUGCUUUGCAUGCUGAGUACGCUGCUGCUGCUGAGCACGCUCACCCACGUGCAGUGCUGGUUGCAGUCAGUGGUCCAGAUGAGCAGAUCCUGGAGGAAACCCAGAGAGAGAGCACUGACGCAGAGGGAAGGAGCCCUCUGGAUGGAGCUCAAGGUCUGGAAGUGGUGCGUGGAGCGAGGCUAGAGGCAGAGGCAAAGAUUUUAGUUGCAGCUCAGCAUUUGGAACUAAAGCAGGGCCGUGAUGAUGCCAGUGCAGCCACACUGGCUUCCCCUGUCUCCGAGGUGCCGUUACAGAUCAGAGUGCUAAGGCUGGAUGCUAUGAUGCAGGAGGAUGUUCUCGUUCCAGAUGUGCAGCGGCUAGGUGGUUCGGGACAGGCAGCCCAGGAGCAGGUCUCAGCACAGGCAGAUAAAGGGAGGCUGCACGCUGCCCCCCGGCAGCUACAGAAGCCACCAGGCGUGAUGGAAGCAGCUGCCAGACCUGCUGAGGCUCCAAAACAAGAAGUGCCACCAGCGUCAGCCCUUCACACGGGGAUCCAACGGGGGGAAGAUGCUGCAGAGGAUCUCUCGGGGAUGGCCCUUGGGGACAGCCCGGAGGUGGAAGCGGUCAGCAGCAGGGUGCAGCCUCACAGGCAGCUCUCAGGAGAGCAGAGGGAAGACCUCGAUGUUGGCCAGCUGGAAAAGAAACAGGAGAUGGAGCAGAGAAUGAGACCGGGAGGUGAGGCCGGUCCAGGAGAGCCAGGGGCUGAGCCUGUGAAUGGAGCAGGAGCUGCCUCGAAGGGCUCUCUGGAGCCUGACCACCUCUACAACGUGCUGUUUGUCGGGGACUCCCACGUGGGCAAAACGUCCUUUCUGUACCGACUGCAUGCUGAUGCCUUCAACCCACACCUGGCUGCCACAGUCGGGCUGGAUUAUCAGGUCAAAAACCUCGUGGUGGACAACAAGCGCUUCGCCCUCCGCCUGUGGGACUCAGCUGGGCAGGAAAGGUACCACAGCAUCACCAAGCAGUUCUUCCGGAAGGCGGACGGCGUGGUGCUGAUGUACGACGUCACGUCGCAGUACUCCUUCGCCGAUGUGCGCUACUGGCUCAGCUGCAUCCAGGAGGGAGCAGAAGAUGGAGUCACUGUCCUGCUUCUGGGGAACAAAAUAGACUGUGCUGCAGAGAGGCAGGUCCCUACACAGGAGGGGGAGCGCCUGGCUCAGGAGCACCAGCUCUUGUUUUACGAAUGCAGCGCUGCCUCCGGCCACAACGUCACCGAGUCCAUCAUCAGCCUGGUCAGGGCACUCAAAGUUUGCGAAGAUCGAUUGAGAAAUAAGGCAGAAGAGGUACCAAAGCUGCCUCAGAAGAAAAAGGGAUGCUGCUGGUGAUGGAGAGAGUCCUUGCUGUGGUCCAAAACUGCAGUGGCAGCCAGAAAAGCAGCUGGAGAUGAACAGCGACCACAGAAUUUCUGUGCUCAGAAAAAUCAGGGUUAUGAACUCCGCCAGGGAGCGCGUGACUUUGCAGUGACAGCAGCUGAAGAAGCAACAUCAGCUCCAACAGCUCGUUUAGACGCGUGCAUCUCCUUUGCAUCUCAGUGCCUCAGCACCUCUGUUAUCACCAAAGCCUCCAUCCCCUGUAUGGUUGCUCCCAGCCCAUCCCUCUGCCACCAGCUGUCCUCCCUUAGCCCUAAUCCUUGAAGGACCUUCUUGCUUAAUGCAUCCCCUUCUACCACAUUUGGUUGUAAAGUCAUUUUAUUACUGGCUGUGUUAUGGGGCUGGCUUGAAGAAUGCAGCAACUCAGGAAGAACUUUCGUGGCUCAGCUCAGGGCUGAGGCUGGGCUCGGUAUUCAGAGUAUCCACCAUAGGAUUUGUUUGUGCCCAUCUUCACUAUUUCUGCUUUGUUGUUAUAUCCUCAAACAAUAUAAUCCCAAGCACCUUU